AGAUAACCGUUGCUACAGUUCUCAAUUCCUUAGACGCAUGCAGAACCAAGGCGGAGCUCAAGGCGGCGAUGGCGAUCUGCCCUCGUCGCUGCCCUCGUACAUGCCUACAUCCUCGCAGGGUGCGCCAACAGGCCUGCCUUUCGGAUACAAUAUACUGAACCAGCCAGGUGCGAAGCCCGAUGCUGAGGCGGCUCAGCGCCAAUGGAAGGGACCUAGCCAGAAUCAGUUCAUGUACAUGGGUAACGGAGCUCGGCCUGCUGCUGAGGCGGUCAAGAGUGCGGGGCCCACUGGAUCGCAGCCUAGCCCAUCCGAGGGUAUGCGUAGCAUGACGUUCCAGGAAGGAGGGAGCUAUCAGAUGAUGACAGCGGACGGGAAGGCGGCAGUCCCAGCCCCAACUGUCGCUGGGAUGCCCGUAGCGCUUAAACUGGGCCGCCAGGACGCCACGCCGCCCUCUCAGAUUUCGGCAGCGCAGUUCGCAGCAAGUACAGGUGGAUUGGCCAUGGAUACGGCGCUGCUGGCGCGUGUGAGUGGCACAGAUCCGUCGCUCAUGGGGUCGGAGGAGAUCAAGCAGAUCAUGCGCACGCCCGAUCUGCUGUCCAUUUACCAGAAGCUGCAGGAGGAAGAUGACAGAAGACAGAGACGACUGGAACGUAACCGAGCAUCGGCUCGAGUGCGACGUGAGAAGAAGAAAGGCAUGGUAGAGACGUACGAGGCGGAAGUAUCCAAGCUCGAGAGCUCGCUGAAUAUGCUCAAGAACCACGAGUUUGGCACAGGCAAUGCUCAGGAAUUAUCGACUGCAUUGGAAUACAGCUCGGGGGAACAUCUUCGACACGCGCAGAUGUCGAAGGAAGCCAAGAUGGAGCUGAUGGGGCGAAUUCUCGACCAGCACUCACGCAAUACGGACGCGGUGCGAUUCUCUCUGUGUUACAGCUAUAACUGAGCGGAUUAUUGACGCAUUUCGUUUGCUGUGUGGAUGUACAGAUCCGUCGGUCUAAUGCUGAAAACCAAGCACUAAUCGCAGUAGCUGUGGACAAUUCGGAGUUUUCUCGGGCUCUACGCGCGCAACUCGGGCUCACCCCAGAGCAAUGUCAGCGGCUGGCAUCCCUGGCUGUACCAACCAGUCAAGAGGCCCGAAAGCUGGAUGCUAUUCGGAAAUGCUUUUCUGCGCUUCGAGCUCAUGAUUGGCUUUACGUUCCUGGCAUUGAGGUAAAGCGUCAUGUAGUUUUGAUCCGUCCUCCUCGCUCUCGGAAAACUGAUGGUGACUUUUGUGUUGCAGACAAUUCUGCACCAGUCGCGGAACACGAUGACUCCGCACCAAUUCCAAAAGUUCCUGUCCUGGUCUGUGGAGAAUCGCGCGUCGAUCGACCGGUUACAGUUUGUACCAACGCCGUCUGCUUCAGAGGCCGAAAAGGACCUGACAUUUAUCUUCUCUGAAGACUAAUUUACUGUUGCAGUUCAUGCCACCACUUUGCUGUAUAGCGCUGCGUGGGUGAAUCACAAUGAGGGAAAGCCACGUAUUUUGCGUCGCUUUUUUUUUGCCUCGCGUAUGCGCGGAUGAUCAACGUCUUCAGUUGUCCGACCCCGUGGCGAGAGUUUCAAGCCUUCUCUGUAGUAAGCAACCGGGAUUUAUUUGUAAUAGAAGACGAAAAACACUCAGCAAGUCGAUUGCUCGAACUGUAUGUGUAUAUUCGCGUCAUGACAGACUCUCGCACCCCCUGUUGUUCACAUGUCGAGGAAGUUCUGGAUUAGCUUGAGGCCGUCCUCGGUCAGGAUGCUCUCCGG